UCAGCAAUAUCGUAAGUAGUGUGAAGAUGAAGGUGGUCGGCAGUUUGGAUAUCCUCUAUUUGCUGGCGAUCCUAGAAACCCUACUUUCUCUCGUCGCGGGAAACUCUUCGGUGGUGGUCGUGACCCACGAAAACUUGCAACAAAUAAUCGACACUAAUGAGCUGGUUCUGCUCAGUUUUUAUACGGAUUGGUGCCGUUUUAGCCAGAUUUUGCAACCCAUUUUUGAGAAGGCGGCGGCGAAGGUUGUACAGAAGUUCCCUGAAAACGGCCGUGUGAUUCUGGGAAAAGUAAACUGCGACAUUGAAGAUAUAUUGGCAGAUCAGCUUGACAUACUUAAGUACCCAACGAUAAAGAUAAUCAGAAAUGGGUUGAUUGGCAGUCAGGAAUACCGUGGCCAGAGAUCUGUGGAGGCCUUCUUCCAGUUUGUGGAGAGGGAGCUAUCAGAUCCAAUCAAAGAGUUCCAUAGCAUUGAUGAACUCAAAAAUGUGGAUGUUGGCUUUGGUAUAGUUAUUGGAUAUUUCAUCUCCAAGGACCAUGUUGAGUAUGAUAAUUAUCGCAGGGUAGCGAGCCUAUUGCGCAACGAAUGUAGGUUCCUUGUGGGCUUCGGUGACUUAACUAAGGAGCUCCGACCGCCUGGAAAGAAUGCGUUGAUCUUCCGCGGCGAUCCGUCGAUUCCGAAUCACAAAAACCAGUACAGUGAGUACUUGGGCAACAUGACCAGCUUUAAAGAACUAACUUUUUGGAUCGACAAGAGGUGUGUGCCCCUGGUGCGAGAGGUCACCUUUGAAAACGCAGAAGAGCUAUCGGAGGAAGGAUUACCAUUUGUAUUGCUGUUUUACAACAAGGACGAUGUAAGUCCCAUCCAGGAGUUCAAGAACGCAAUUCAAAGCCAGCUGGAAAAUGAGACGAGGGUUAAUUUCGUGACUGCGGAAGGGAAACUCUUUAAGCACCCACUAUUCCAUUUGGGCAAGUCCCUGACUGAUUUGCCAGUAAUCGCAAUCGAUUCUUUCAUGCACAUGUACCUAUUUCCACGCUUCAAGGACAUUCACAAGCCAGGUGCCCUCAAAAAGUUCAUUGAUGACCUGUUCAGCGGUGCACUACAUUUCAAUUUUCACAUGGCCCUCGAAGCUAAGGAAAAUUCCGAGUUCAUAAUCGAUACCGCUGAAGACCCGCCUAUUGUCCACGAGUCAAAGUUUAAGGACCUCAAGCCAUCCAAGCACCGUUACACAUUGGUCAACCGCACCAGGGACGAGUUAUAAUAUUAUCCUUAUGUACCAUAAUCCUUAAACGUGUUUAGAUGUAAUCACUUUAUAACAGUUUCAAUCAGAUUUUUAAAUGUAAAUGUAAGAUAAAAAGCAAUAACAAAAACUUA